AUCGGUCACCAUUGCAGUAAGAAAAGUACACAAACCAUUAUUUUGUAAUCACUAAUCUUGGAGUAAGAAGUGAAAGCUCGGGUGUGCAGAGUUUGCCGGGCAGUCGCCGCGCGCCAACGGGUCUUGCUACACACCGACACCACCACCAUAACAUGGGCGCAUCACAAAGCGACAGUUCCAGCCUGUCCAAGGCCGAGCUGGUGGCCAAGAUCAUGGAGAGGAUCACGAGCAUCGGCCCCGAGCGGGUGCGGGAGCUGGGCGGCGUCUACCUCUUCAACAUCAUCAAGGGACACGCCGUCUACUCGUGGACGCUGGACCUGAACGAAGUAACCGUCCGAGAAGGCGAGCCGGACGAGGACCCCGACACCACGUUCACGCUGACCGAGCACUACUUCCGACAGAUGGUGUCGGGCCGGGAGGCGCCACGCCAGAUCAUGCAGGCGGGCCGCUGCUCCGUGACCGGCGACAUCAUGCGCGCCAUGAAGCUCGAGCCCUUCAUUAAGAUGGAUUAAGGGCGCCCUUGUUAAGGGUAACACAGGACGAUGGGUUUUUGCCUGGGUAACGCAAACUAUACUUGGUAAAAUGUAGCAUUAGCCCCCCUAUGACAGGUGUGAAAUCCAUACGUUGUAUCUGUCAUUUGAUGAUUUUUAAGGGAAAACUGUUUUUAUUCAUCAGGCGUAUUAGCAUCUGUCAAUCAUACGUCAUAGGCCCCGUGCUAUAUUGUACAAAGUAUAGCGUCUUGUGAGCGUGUCAUUGGCAAACACAAGAUCGAAACGGGAAUAGUUACAGUUAAUAUAUGUGCGGAUUGAUGAUACAAAUAACUAACAAACUCUUAGUUAGUGAACUGUAAUAUACUGAAGUAUAAUUAGAGGCCUAGAUUAGAUUUUUAAAUUACUAUUAAUUAGAAAUAAAUUUAUCGAUAAUGGAAAUAAAGGUUACCAAAUAAAACCAGUAAA